ACAAUGCCGGCCCCACCAGUCAGUGCAUUAAAUGGCAUUUCAAAAAUAACUCCUCAAUUGCUGAGUGAUGUUCGCAACCAAUUCUUAACGGACGUCAAUAGCAACGGUAGUCUCUAUUAUGAUGAAGAUAUUGAAUGUAUUAAAUCAAAUGAUUGGCAAAUACAACGAUUUAUUUUGGAAAACAAAUAUAAUCAAGAGUUGGCUCUUAAGGGUCUUACAGCUGCUAUGAGAUGGAGAAAGUCUUUUGGAGUCAAAGAGAUAAAUGAAAACGAUUUUCCUGAAGAAUAUUACAGAAGUGGUUCAAUCAUUACUUAUGGAAGAGAUAAAAAUGAUGCGAAGAUUAUUAUAGUUAGGGCUAAUAUUCAUAAGAAAGUCAACGAGUGGUCAGAUAUUAUGAAAAAGUUUUUCAUUUAUCAGAUCGAAAAAAUUGAUUUCUUUAAUGAUGGCAAAGGAGUUACACUUAUACUGGAUUGUACUGCCAUUGGCAUUGGAAACUUGGACUUAGAUUUACUACAAUUUAUUGUCACUUCAUUUAGCUCUUAUUAUCCUAAACUGUUUGACGCCAUACUUAUCCAUGAAUUGCCAUAUCUAUUGCAAUAUGUCUUCAAAUUGGUUCAGUCGUGGCUUCCAGAAGACGAUCAAAAAUUUUUUCAUUUGACACAAAAGAAAAAUCUAAACAACUUUGUUAGUGACCAACAAUUGCCUGAUUUUAUGAACGGCACUAAUCCAGACUCGUAUACCAUUGUUCCGCAAAAUGUAGUCAAAGCUAUGGAUUUAGUCUUAAGAAUUGGUCUCAAAACAAAAGACGCCCAAAAACUUAAGCAUUUAGAGAGUUAUAUGAAAUGA